AGUAUUAUAUAUCUUCAUAUUCACUUCUUGACUAUAGCAAGUAGAACUGAUUUUCUGCAUCGAUUCAAAUUGUUAGUAACCCGAAAAUGCUUAAGUAUCUGGCGGGAAUCUUCGUCAAGCCUCGCAAUGACUACGUGGAUGGUCGCCUGACCACUCCGUUGACCAAGAAAAUGCGCACCAGCUGUGUUCCGCAGGCCAGGAAGUCCUCCCAGGUGAAAAUAUCCUUGAUAUCCGCAAAGAGCAUUAUUAAAGGGAAGGGGAAGUCGGAAAACCGGGAGCCACGGCGCCGCAGGGAGGGGAAUCCCCAGGUGUCUCAACCCAUCAGCCGCUCCUCCAUGGAAUCCCCCAAGUUCCAGUUGGAAGAUCCCAUCAGCUAUAUAGUCAAUGUGGCGGCCUCUUCCUCGUCCAACGAAACCAUUCCCUUAUUACCGGGCGAAGUGCUCCGUAAUGACCAGAAGCCACUGGAGGAUCGGGAUCAGAAUCGGGUUUAUCGGACUAAUAAGAAGGAAUCCAGGUGUCCUGGUGGACUUCUUGGGCAAUCGUUGCCCGUUCCACCGCCUGUUACCCGCGUCCAAAGUUGGAUGAGCUGCGCCACAGCCCCUUUGGAUGCCAAUCCCUUCAACGAACUUGAUGACCUCUCCAUUUCGAAGCCGAUUUCCAUCGGCGGAGAUCAGGAUCCAAUUGGCUGGGAGAUGGGUUUGUUGGCAGAAGACUUCUGGUCAGCAGAUUCGGAUCCAGAGGCCAAGUAAAAUCGUGAAAUAAAUUAAGUGG